AUGUUCUCCUAAUUGAUCAAGCUCUUAUGCUGCAACCAUAAUUAAAAUCUUAACAGGCAGUAAAGCAGUAUAUCUCUCGCCCCUAGAGAUCAAAAUCUCAAAGAAUCAGAUAUUCAAAAGUAAAUUAUUAUGAUGGAGGGAUCGAUUCUAGAAUCAUUGUAAAGUGAUGAUAAUAAGCCAAAUAAACUUGCCAAUUCCUCUCCAGAUAGCAUAAAUCAAAAUGUGUUCGUUGUAGAAAAUUUGAACUAUGAUUAAGUGAUUAAAGCAAUGCUAACUGAAAUGGAUGAAAGUUUUAACAGUCAAAAUGUCAAGGUUGUCGGUUAAAGCUAAUAAAGCAACUCAAAUGAAAAUCAGUAAAAUAACUCUAUACCAUAGGAAAUGAUUGUUUUAUCUGGCAGUAACGAUCCUGAGUCACUUAUGGAGUACACGGUGCUUGAGAUCUCAAGAAAUGGUUUUUCUUCUGCUGGGUCUCAAGAGUAAAUAGACACUGAGAGUAUAAACUUCGAAGAUGACUCAUAAAUAUACCAGUAUUUAUUGGAGGAGAAAAGAGAGAUUUAAUUGCUAUUUGGUGAGGAAGACUAAAAAUUUGAACAUGCUAAACCUAAAUAAAGUGUUAUAAUACUAGACUAAAUGGAACCCAUUAACGAAUAUUAAGAUAAUGAUGAGAAUAAGCUUUCAUCAUUAUUCAUAAUAAGCCCUGCAACUGUUAUCGCAUCGAAAUAAAUCUCAGAUCGGAAAACCAAUGAAAGUUUCUAAAGAAAUUCUAGGACUUAAGCAUCUUAUAAAAACAGCCUUAUGAGUACUCCGAAGUCCUCUUUCAAUUAUUCUGUCCUUAUGAAACACAAUGAAUCUAGCAAGCAAUCAAGUCAAGUGAAUCUCCUAGUUUAAAGACAGAAUAGGAAAAAGAAGAAUAAGCAGGGUAAAGCUGCUUCAAACUAACUAUAUGGAAGAAGUUAUGAUUUUAACAACGGCAAUAUCACUGAUAGCGUCUAAAAUCAAACUAAUUAAAUCUUAAGCCUUUAAACCCCUGAAAAUAGAUAGAAAAGUUCAAAGUUUAAGUCAGUGCUAAUGGAAUAGUAAGAAUAGCAGUAACCAUAAAAGUUUAAGAUCAGUUCUAAAGCUAUUGAGCUUAGAAGAAACCAUAAUUCAAGCCUAUUUCAGUCAUCAUUGCAAUCAUUUUCACUUGGUUACACUAGAAUGUGA